AUGAGCUCAAGCUUCCUGCCGGUGAGAACAAGGUUCCUGGCGGUGAGGACAGGGUUCCUGACGGUGACGACAAGGUUCCUGGCGGUGAGGACAAGCUUCUUGGCGGUGAGGACAAGGUUCCUGGCGGUUAGGUCAAGGUUCCUGGCGGUGAGCACAAGGUUGCAGACGCUGAGGACAAGGUUUCUAGCGGUGAGGACAAGGUUCCUGGCGGUGAGGACAAAGUUGCAGGCGGCGAGGAAAAGGUUCCUGUCGGUGAGGUCAAGGUUCUUGGUGGUGAGGACAAGGUUGCUGGCUGUGACGACAAGGUUCCUGGCGAUGAGGACAAGGUUUCUGACGGUCAGGACAAGGUUUCUGACGGUGAGGACAAGGUUUCUGGCUGUGAGGACACUGUUCCUGGCGGUGAGGACAAUGUUCCUGGCGGUGAGGAAGAGGUUCCUGGCGGUAAGGACAAUGUUACUGCCGGUGAGGACAAUAUUCCCUGGCGGUGAGGGCAAGGUUACUGGCGGUGAGGACAAUGUUCCUGGCGGUGAGGACAAGGUUCUUGGCAGUGAGGACAAGGUUCCUGGCGGUGACGACAAGGUUCCUGGCGGUGAGGACAAGGUUUCUGACGGUGAGGACAGGGUUUCUGACGGUGAGCACAAGGUUUCUGGCUGUGAGAACAACGUUCCUGGCGGUCAGAACAAGGUUACUGGCGGUGAGAACAAUGUUCCUGGCGCUGAGGACAAGGUUACUGGCGGUGAGGACAAUGUUCCUGGCGGUGAGGUCAAGGUUCCUGACGGUGAGCACAAGGUUGCAGACGCUGAGGUCAAGGUUUCUAGCGGUGAGGACAAGGUUCCUGGCGGUGAGGACAAUGUUCCUAGCGAUGAGGACAAGGUUCCUGGCGGUGAGGACAAGGUUGCAGGCGGUGAGGAAAAGGUUCCUGGCGGUGAGGACAAGGUUCUUGGCGGUGAGGACAAGGUUGCUGGCUGGGACGACAAGGUUCCUGGCGGUGAGGACAAGGUUUCUGACGGUGAGGACAAGGUUUCUGACGGUGUGGAAAAGGUUUCUGGCUGUGAGGACAAUGUUCCUGGCGGUGAGGACAAUGUUCCUGGCGGUGACGAGAAGGAUACUGGCGGUGACGACAAGGUUCCUGCCGGUGAGGACAAGGUUCCUGGCGAUCAGGAAAAGGUUACUGGUGGUGGUGAGGCGAAGGUUACUGGCGGUGAGGACAAUGUUCCUGGCGGUGACGAGAACGGUACUGGCGGUGACGACAAGGUUCCUGGCGGUGAGGAAAAGGAUACUGGCGGUGACGACAAGGUUGCUGCCGGUGAGGACAAGGAUCCUGGAGGUGAGGACAAGGUCCUGGCGGUGCGGACAAGGUUCCUGAAGGUGAGGACAAAGUUCCUGGCGGUGGGUGAGGACAAGGGUCCUGACGGUGAGGACAAGGUUUCUGGCUGUGAGAACAAGGUUCCUGGCGGUGAGAAGAAGGUUAAUGGCGGUGAGAACAAUGUUCCUGGCGGUGAGGACAAGGUUACUGGCGGUGAGAACAAUGUUCCUGGCGGUGAGGACAAGGUUACUGGCGGUGAAGACAAGGUUCUUGGCGGUGAGGACAAGGUUCCUGACGUUGAGCACAAGGUUCUUGGCGGUGAGGACAAGGUUCUUGGCGGUGGGGACAAGGAUCCUGACGGUGAAGACAAGGUUCCUGCCGGUAAGGACAAGGUUCCUGGCGGUGAGGACAAGGUUUCAGACGGUGAGGACAAGGUUUCUAGCGGUGAGGACAAGGUUCCUGGCGGUGAGAACAAGGUUAUUGGCGGUGAGGACAAGGUUCCUGGCGGUGAGGACAAGGUUCCUGGCGGUGAGGACAACGUUCUUGGCUGUGAGGAUAAGGUUGCUGACGGUGAGAACAAGGUUUCAGGGACUCGGUUUCAGGCUAUGAGGACAAGGUUCCUGGCGGUGGCGACAAGGUUCUUGGCGGUGGGGACAAGGAUCCUGACGGUGAAGACAAGGUUCCUGCCGGUAAGGACAAGGUUCCUGGCGGUGAGGACAAGGUUUCAGACGGUGAAGACAAGGUUUCUAGCGGUGAGGACAAGGUUCCUGGCGGUGAGAACAAGGUUAUUGGCGGUGAGGACAAGGUUCCUGGCGGUGAGGACAAGGUUCCUGGCGGUGAGGACAACGUUCUUGGCUUUGAGGAUAAGGUUGCUGACGGUGAGAACAAGGUUUCAGGGACUCGGUUUCAGGCUAUGA